GUAUAAACAAGUUUGAUAGGUUGAACCAACAUAUGCAUGAAUGGGAAGGUGUACAAGAAUUUGGCAUCCCUUCAAUGUUGUUCCAGUUCAAUGAUGAGAAAGUGGAGCAGCUCAAAGCAUCUGCUAUGGCUGUUUCUUUGGUUACCCUUUGUGGUUCAAUGCCAAGAAGUGAAUGACUAUGACCAAAUUGAUAACCCUUCUGUUCUUCCACUUGUUACUCAGCUUGUCUAUAGUAGACUUUCCAAUUUGACUUCACUUCUCAGCCAGGAAAUUACCACUCACUCCACUUUCUGUGUCAAAGAUCCGGAUGCUGAUUGGAACCAAGCAUUUAAUUUCUCAUCAGAUUUGAGUUUCCUGGCUUCUUGCAUUAAGAAGACUAAAGGAGAUGUCACAAGGCGUUUGUGUACAGCAGCAGAGGUGAAGUUUUACCUAAGCAGUUUGUUGGAGAGAUCUACAAGUUCCAAUUAUUUGAAGCCUAACAAGAACUGCAAUUUAACUUCAUGGUUCGCCGGUUGCGAACCGGGUUGGGCCUGCAGUGCUCCUUCAUCCCAGAAGGUUGACCUUAGAAAUUCAAAGGAGAUUCCUGCAAGAACUUCUAACUGCCAACCUUGUUGUGAAGGAUUUUUCUGCCCUCAUGGUAUCACUUGCAUGAUCCCCUGCCCUUUAGGUUCCUACUGCCCUCUUGCUAAACUAAACAAAGCAACCGGCGUAUGCGAACCAUAUCUUUAUCAACUGCCUCCAAUGCAGCCAAACCAUAGCUGUGGAGGUGCAAAUGUAUGGGCUGAUGUUAGUAGCAGCAGUGAGAUGUUUUGCUCAGCAGGAUCCUAUUGUCCAACAACAACAAAGACAGUUCCUUGUAGUAGUGGGCAUUACUGCAGGAUGGGUUCCACUUCUGAGAAAAGAUGCUUCAGAUUGACUUCUUGCAGCUCAAACACAGCGACGCAAAAUAUGCAUGCAUAUGGAAUCAUGCUCAUUGCUGCAUUGAGUACUUUGCUGCUCAUAAUUUACAACUGUUCUGAUCAAGUUCUCACUACUAAGGAAAGGAGAAUGGCCAAAUCUAGAGAAGCAGCUGCUAGAAAUGCAAGGAGCACUGCCACUGCGCGCCAAAGAUGGAAAUUUGCAAAAGAUGCUGCUAAGAAAGGUGCAAUCGGGCUACAAGCUCAACUUUCAAGAAAAUUCUCACGUAGGAGGGAAGAAACAAAUCUUGAAACAGUUGUAAUUUUGGAUCAAGCAACUUCUGAAACAGAUGUUGAAUUGUUAGAACACUCACAACCUACUACAAGUUCAUCUGCAAAGUUGAAGGAAAAGGGUAAAGAAUCCAGUGGUUUUAAGCAGAUCAUACAUGAAAUUGAAGAUGACAUUCAUGUUGAGGCCAACUUCAAUGUGAAAAUGGAAGCUAGAACUAAAAAUGUGACAAAAGGAAAACAAUUGCAUACUCAUAGCCAAAUAUUUAACUAUGCAUAUGCUCAGCUCGAAAAGGAGAAGGCUCAGCAGCACGAAAACAAGGCCCUUACCUUCUCAGGAGUGGUUAAAAUGGCUACCAACAUUGAAAAAAGAAAGAGGCCUUUGAUUGAGAUUUCUUUCAAAGACUUGACUCUUACAUUGAAAGCUCAAAACAAGCCUAUAUUGAGAUGUGUUACCGGGAAAAUUAAACCCGGCCGAAUCACGGCUGUCAUGGGACCAUCAGGGGCUGGCAAGACAACAUUUUUGUCAGCUCUAGCUGGAAAGGCCUUUGGAUGCUUCGCGAGCGGUUCGAUUCUUAUAAAUGGAAGGAAUGAAUCAAUCCACUCCUUCAAGAAAAUUAUUGGCUUUGUGCCACAAGAUGAUGUAGUUCAUGGAAACUUGACAGUGGAAGAGAAUCUCUGGUUCAGUGCACAAUGCAGGUUAUCAGCUGACUUGUCAAAACCAGAAAAAGUUCUGGUUCUUGAAAGAGUUAUUGAAUUCUUGGGGCUUCAGUCUGUGAGGAAUUCCUUGGUUGGAACUGUGGAAAAGCGAGGGAUCUCUGGAGGCCAAAGGAAGCGUGUAAAUGUCGGAUUAGAAAUGGUUAUGGAACCUUCACUUCUCAUCUUGGAUGAACCCACUUCUGGUUUGGACAGUGCAUCAUCUCAGCUUCUUUUAAGAGCUCUAAGACGCGAAGCGCUUGAGGGAGUGAACAUUUGCAUGGUGGUUCACCAACCCAGCUAUGCAUUGUUCAAGAUGUUUGAUGACUUGAUACUUCUGGGAAAAGGUGGACUUACUGUCUAUCAUGGACCUGCCAAGAGAGUUGAAGAAUACUUUUUAGGCCUGGGGAUAGAUAUACCGGAGCGAAUCAAUCCUCCGGAUUACUUCAUUGACAUCUUGGAGGGGAUAGUAAAACCUGGUGGUAGUUCAGGAGUGAGGUAUAAAGAGCUACCAGUUAGAUGGAUGCUUCAUAAUGGAUAUCCAAUACCUCAUGAUAUGCAGCAGAGCGCCGAGCAGUACGACUCGUCCAUGAGCAUAAAUUCAGCUAUAGAGGCCAAUGUAUAUGAUCAUGAGGACAAAACCUUUGCUGGAGAUCUGUGGCAUGAUGUGAGAAAUAAUGUGGAACUGCAGGGGGAGAAGAUCAAACUCAAUUUCUUGAAAUCCAAGGAUUUAUCCAACCGAAGAACACCCGGGAUAUUCAAGCAGUAUAAGUACUUUCUAAUCAGGGUUGGUAAGCAGAGAUUAAGGGAAGCUAGGAUCCAAGCCAUAGAUUAUCUGAUAUUGUUACUUGCUGGAGCAUGCUUAGGAACUCUUACUAAAUCAAGUGAUCAAACAUUUGGUGCAGCUGGAUACACCUAUACAGUGAUUGCAGUAUCACUUCUGUGCAAAAUUGCUGCCUUAAGAUCAUUCUCUCUGGACAAGUUACACUACUGGAGGGAGAGUGAUUCUGGGAUGAGUAGCUUGGCUUAUUUUCUCUCAAAAGACACAAUUGAUCAAUUCAAUACUGUGAUCAAGCCUGUGGUGUACCUUUCAAUGUUCUAUUUCUUCACCAAUCCAAGAUCUUCUUUUGCUGAUAACUAUGUUGUGCUGCUUUGUCUUGUGUAUUGUGUUACUGGCAUAGCAUAUGCACUUGCCAUAAUUUUUGAACCUGGUGCAGCUCAGCUGUGGUCAGUACUACUUCCUGUUGUUUUGACUCUGAUUGCAACACAACCAAAAGAUAGUAAAAUUUUGAAGGGUAUAGCAAAUUUAUGUUACUCUAAAUGGGCUUUACAAGCAUUUGUAGUUGCAAAUGCUGAAAGGUAUCAAGGAGUUUGGCUCUUAACUCGUUGUGGUUCACUAAUGAAAAGUGGCUAUAAUCUUCAUGAUUGGAAUUUGUGCAUAUCAAUCCUCAUUCUUAUUGGAGUAAUUGGCAGGGCAACAGCAUUUUUCUGUAUGGUCACCUUCCAAAAGAAGUAGUGCCAAUUUUUGUCACAAAAGUUACAAUAUAUCAUGUCAUUUUUUAAUCUCUAUCUAGAGCUUGUACAUUUGUAUUAUAGUGAUGAAAAUUAAUGCCAUGUUUAAAAUUUUACUGUU